UUUAAAGCAAUUAUUAAAAAAAAAAUUGUUUUAGCAGAGAAAAUGGUGGCUACCAAGAGCAUCUCCUCCCUUGUCCUUGUGGACUCUUCUUCUUGCUUCUUCUCUCCGAUUCCACGAUUCCUAACUCUUCGAAUCGCGACUACAACUGCCCUUAGAUCAGCAGCAACCUUCACGCUCCGCAGGCCUCCUUCUCAUAGGAGUCUAACGCCUUCACUCGCCGUCAUGUUUCCGGACAAUUCGGUACUAUCGGAUGUCUGCGCCUCCGGGAUCACCAGCGUCGUGGCGGUCUCUUGCCUCGGUUUCUGGGGUGAGAUUGGCAAGCGCGGCUUCUUUGAUCAGAAACUUAUCAGGAAGCUUGUGCACAUCAAUAUUGGUCUUGUUUUUAUGCUUUGUUGGCCACUCUUCAGUUCUGGACGCCAAGGAGCGCUUCUGGCUUCUCUUGUACCUGGACUCAAUAUAGUAAGGAUGCUUCUCCUGGGCCUCGGAGUCUACCAAGACGAAGGUACUAUCAAGUCUAUGAGCAGACACGGUGAUCGCAGGGAACUACUUAAGGGACCGCUUUAUUAUGCACUCUCAAUCACAUCCGCCUGUUUCUUCUACUGGAAAACAUCCCCCAUCUCUAUCGCUGUGAUAUGCAACCUCUGCGCAGGAGAUGGUAUGGCUGACAUUGUUGGGAGGCGUCUUGGAACAGAGAAGCUUCCUUACAACAGAAACAAAUCAUUAGCUGGUAGCAUUGGGAUGGCAAUCGCAGGGUUCUUAGCAUCUGUUGGGUAUAUGUACUACUUUUCUUCAUUUGGCUACAUGGAGAGUACCGGGUGGGAUAUGAUUCUUCGCUUCUUAGUCAUCUCCAUAGCAUCGGCUCUUAUAGAAUCACUCCCGAUAAGCACCGACAUAGAUGACAAUCUCACCAUCCCCUUAACCUCUGCCUUGGUCGGUACUCUACUCUUCUAAUACAGAGUCCUCGAGCUUGAUUACCUCUAUGUAGUAAAAAAAAACUACAUCCUUAGUUGCCAUAAUCUUGUGUAUGUACUUGUUAGUGAAAAGACAUCAUAUUGUUGUUGCAGUUGGGUACAAUGUUGUAAUGUAGUGAAGA